GAGAGGCAGGGAAGGGGCGGGCUGAGGGGAACAGAUCGGUCCUCCAGUCCUGUGGUGCAUACAACCGUUUCCUCAGGAUACUUAAUAACUGUGUGUGUGUGUGAGAUUAAAAAAAAGAGGAUACAUGCAACUUUAUAACCCCAUAAAAAGGAACAGACAAGCAAAAAAAUGGAAAAUUACGAUUAUGACGACGAGGACUCCAGCUACAAUGACAGUUAUGAGUACAGUGACGAACACAGUGUUUGUGGCAAGGAGGCGGUGCGCUUUUUUGGCAGCGUCUUCCUCCCGGUCAUCUACACCUUGGCUCUGGUGGUGGGCCUGGCUGGAAAUGCCCUGGUAGUGGCGGUCUACGCAUCAAGGCUGCGACUACGAACCCUCACGGACGUGUGCAUCCUGAACCUCGCCAUUUCGGACCUGAUGCUCCUCUUCACGCUGCCUUUUUGGGCAGCCGACGCCGUUCAUGGUUGGAGGUUGGGUGUGGUAGCCUGCAAGCUCACCUCCUUCCUCUACAGUACCAACUUCAGCUGUGGCAUGCUGCUGCUGGCGUGCAUCAGUGUGGACCGCUACCGCGCUGUCACCCACAAUUCUGCAGGCAGGACUGGAACGGGUACCCGGGUAAGGAUCCAGUGGAUCCUGGUGUGUGUGCUGUUGUGGUCUGUUGCAAGCUUCCUUGGCCUUCCCGAACUCAUAUUUUGCAUCAUGAAGCAAUCCCAUCAUGGGAUGGUCUGUAGGGCUAGCUACCCGGCCAGCAUGGCCCGACCUGUAAAGGCUGCCCUGGAGCUGAUGGAGGUGACCUUGAGAUUCUUGCUCCCUUUCUUGGUCAUGACGGUGUGCUACUGCUUGGUGGGGCGGAUACUGAGCCGGGCAGCUGGGGUGCGGAGAGCUCGAAGGUGGCGUGCCCUGCGUGUCCUGCUGGCUGUGGUGGCAGUCUUCUUGCUCACGCAGCUGCCCUACAACGUGGUCAAGCUGAUCCGAGCGAUGGACAUCAUGUACGGCCUCGUGACCGACUGUGGCGUCAGCAGGGGCCUGGAUCGAGCUGUCCAAGUGACAGAGAGCCUGGCGCUGGUCCACACCUGCAUCAACCCCCUCCUCUAUGCCUUCAUCGGGUCGUCCUUCAGGGGACACGUCCUCAAGGCUGCCAAGCGCCUUGGACAGCGCCUUGGGAGACACCUGAGACAUGUCAGCGAGGAGCCGGUGGAGAUUCCACUCAACACGUGCACUCAAACGCAGUCCCAGUCUGGCUCAGGAGAACAAGCCACCAGCAACUUCACUAUUUAAGACUCAAACUGUGUCCAUUUCUCUAUAAGCACCUAUACAAAAUUGUAUAUCUAUGUAAAUAUGUUAACACGUUUAGUAUCAUAAGAGAUAGACGUCAAAAAAACAUAUUUGUAUUGUUAAUAAAUAUGCACAGUUUA